AGAUUUGACACUUGAAUGAAACAUUCUGAGACAGCUGCCAAACCAAAACAAACCCCAAACGCCGGUAACCGGACGCAUUGCUUGCUGUGUUGGGUGACAAGUUUUCGUUUGCGCCAAACAUCUUCGCGGUCUUAGUUGGAUUUUGAGAACUUUCGUUGACUUUGAAUAUCUCGUGAUGUCUGCUGAUCGAAAAUCUACCGAAAUCGAGUACGUAACGUUGAUAAGUGACGAGUCGGACGGUGAAACGGGUGAAUUGGCGGGCGUCGGUGGCCAGAAAAGUCGCGAGUUGCCUAGCAGCACGUUAAAGGGAGUCUCGGAGGAUGCUGUGAUGGAGAACCAAUCGCUGGCAACCUCUGACGAGGGGGAUGCCGGGCGGAGGAUGAGUCGCCGGAAGCGCGCCAAGGUUGAGUAUUUUGUCUCGAAAACCUCCGCGGAACAGGAAAAUAAGCCGGCGGCAAGCACUUCAGGCGUAGAGAAAAAGCCGGACAAGUCGGAGAUGACGAUGCGGUCUCGCAAGCGGGAACAUUCCCGGAGUCCACCUAAGGAUGCUGAAAACAAGGACUCGAAAGAAAACCAAGCCGAGUCCCCCUACAAGGAAAUUCUCACUGGACUUGAAGGAGCUGCCUUCCAAUCUCGGUUACCGUUCGACAAGAUGACCUCGGCCGAGGCCGCCUGCUUCGCUGACAUUGCCAAAACGGGGCUAGUGGCUCAGCGAGUUUUCCUGAAUAUUAGGAACCGCCUCCUUCAAAUGUGGAUCGAGAACCCGAAAGUGCAACUAACUUUCGAAAACGCACUGGCUGACAUGGAGUCGCCAUUCGAUAGCGACCCGCAACUGGUCAGGAAGAUUCACGCUUUCCUUGAGCGCCAUGGCUUCAUCAACUUCGGAAUAUUCAAACGGCUGAAGUCGAUCCCGACGAAGAAGUUGGCGAAAGUGAUUGUAAUUGGAGCCGGAAUUUCUGGCUUGGCAGCAGCGCAGCAAUUGCAGCAAUUUGGGAUGGACGUUAUCGUGCUGGAGGCUCGCGACCGGGUUGGCGGGCGAAUCGCUACUUUCCGGAAAAACAAUUACAUCGCAGAUUUGGGAGCAAUGGUUGUGACGGGAAUUUGGGGAAAUCCAAUGACGAUCCUAAGCCGGCAGACCGGAAUGGAGAUGGUGCCAAUUCGACAAGCUUGCCCGUUGUAUGGAGCCGGAGGAAAGCCUGUACCGAAACAUAAGGAUGAUAUGGUCGAACGAGAAUUUAACCGCCUUUUGGAAUCAGCCAGUUAUUUAUCGCAUCAGCUUGAUUUCAAUUACGCUGGCAAUAAUCCGGUGUCGUUAGGUCAAGCGCUGGAAUGGAUUAUCAAGUUGCAAGAGAAGCACGUGAAAGAGAAGCAGGUGCAGCAUCUCAUCAAUGUCAUUAAUACCCAGAAAAAUAUAAUUGAAAACCAACAUAAAGCUGGUGAACUGAUUAAGAAAGUUAGCGAGCUGAAGGCAACCUAUGAGAAAUUGGUGGAGAUUAGGUCCCAAAAAGCAGCAGAUAGUGAGCACAAUAGUAUCGAACACGAAUUUAAGAUUCGAUUAACACAAUACGAAUGGAAUAAGGCUUGGGCCGAAUUGGAAGGCAUAAAUUCUCAGGAGGAGUCGUUCUCCGCAAAACUGAAGGAGUUGGAGUUGAACCCACCAAGUGAUGUGUACUUAUCAUCGAAGGAUCGUCAAAUUUUGGAUUGGCAUUUUGCUAACUUGGAGUUUGCUAAUGCUACACCUCUCAACAAUCUCUCCCUGAAACAUUGGGAUCAAGACGACGACUUCGAGUUUAUCGGAAACCACACAACAGUGCGAAACGGAUAUUCGUGUGUGCCGAUAGCAUUGACGGAAGGUUUGGAUAUACGCGUCAACACAGCUGUUAAAACCAUUAAAUACUUCCCGGGAGGGGUUGAGAUAACAACGGAGAACCUGAAGACGAACAACUCAUCUGUAACCUACAAAGCUGACCUGGCAUUAUGUACGCUGACCCUGGGCGUUCUCAAAGUAGCUGUGUCGAAGAUGUCGCAGAACCAGGUGAAUACCGUGCGGUUCGAGCCACCAUUGCCGGAUUGGAAGCAGGAAGCAAUUCAACGUCUUGGCUUCGGAAAUCUCAACAAAGUUGUGCUUUGCUUCGAUCGAAUCUUUUGGGAUCCCACUUCGAAUUUAUUCGGCCAUGUGGGGAGCACGACGGCAAGUCGAGGUGAACUGUUUCUGUUCUGGAGCAUCUAUCAAUCGCCAGUGCUUUUGGCACUGGUCGCUGGACAAUCGGCCGCUAUCAUGGAAAAUGUGUCCGACGACGUGAUAGUGGGUCGUUGCAUAGCCGUUCUCAAGGGAAUUUUUGGCAACGCUUCAGUGCCUCAGCCGAAGGAAACAGUCGUUACAAGGUGGCGCGCAGACCCAUGGGCACGCGGCUCAUACAGCUUCGUAUCAGUUGGAUCAUCGGGCAGCGACUAUGAUUUGCUAGCAUCGCCUGUGACACCGCCAUCAGCGGAUGGCUCUUCCGAGGAGGAUCCGAAAGAAAUGCCACGACUAUUUUUUGCAGGUGAACACACAAUCCGGAAUUAUCCCGCCACGGUGCAUGGAGCCUUCUUGAGUGGACUACGGGAAGCUGGGCGAAUUGCCGACUAUUACCUGGGCUUUCCUUGGGAGACUGGACAGGAGGAAGCUGCAAGCCGGCAUUAAAGUCGAAAAGCAUUUCAACGGAUUAUGUAAUUUGUAGACUAUAAUUUUCGUGUUUUACUUUAAUGUUCCUUUCCUAAUUCCACUUUCUAGUUUAGAGAGCACAAACGUACUUCUUGCGCUUUUAUUGAAUUUUUAGUAUUAUCACAUCCAAUUGUCUGUAUCUAGAUUAAAUUUUGCCAUAGAAUAGAUCUUAUUGUAUGUUUUUAUAUGUGCACAAAUAAAUCGACAUUCUACAGAAAGA